AAAAACAAUUUAUGGAUUUGUUUUAUUUGUGUUUAGCUGUAACAUGUCACUGAAAACUGUUUAUUCAGUUUCAAAGUUGAGAGUUCUUUUUGCUUUUUUCUUUUUUGGUUCAGAGACAAACAUAUUUUUUUCUUUAAAAUUAUGGGUUUUGAUUAAAUUACCUUGUCAUUGCAUUUCUUGCACUGUUUGUUGGCCUCAGUUAAUCUAACUUAUCUUUUGUUUUUACUUCAAGCUUCCUUUAGUAAAUUAUUAAUUUUUGCUGUUUUCUUUACCAUGUCUUGAACAAUUGAAGUUCUUUAUAAUCCUUAAAGGGCUGUGAGAUUUGGUGAUUUAUGGGAUGGGUCAGGUGGUGCCAGCAAUUCUUCAGCUGGUGAAAUUCGUCGUCAUUGGCAUUGUUUUCAUUCUUCAUGGAUCUACUGGAUACCAUAUCUCUCCUUCUCCAGCAAUCUUUUCUGAGACUGCUCCUACAGAAGGAACACUCACUCCCUUUGAAAAGCCAUUGACAAGCAAUGUACUAGGCUCAGUAUCUCAGCCAAAUGGUUUACAUUUACAUCCUCCACUGGCAUUACCACCACCCAUGUCCACUCCAUUGCCCCAGGAAUUUAAAGGGCUCGUACCAUCCCAUUCACCUAGCAGUCCAGUAGCAAGGCUACUGCAUAAUACUGCUCCCCCGCCAUUAAAUUUUGAAGGACAUGCACCACCUCUGUCACUGAGUAUUCCAACUGUCUCUCCACCAUAUAGUGCAGCACCUCCACCCUUAAUUGUUGAACAUGAACUGCCCAUGCCGCCGAAUGCUUCUCAAAGAAAGGCCCUAGGUAGACAGACUCCUGUACCUGUACCAGUUGCUGCACCAUCAAACAAUUUGUCAUAUGAUUCACCAAUGCUUCCCCCAAUUGCACCUGAGACAUCACCUAUCAUCAACCCAAGUCCACCUGAAAUUUCACCGCCAAGUGCUCAUCAUAAUAAGAAUAUGUCAGUCACUGGGACUCCUAUAACAAAGUCAAUUGCACCAGUUGCUUCUCCACCGAGAGAAUUGAGACAAAACCAGCCAUCAUCCCAUCUGAUUGCUCCUACGAAAAUGCCAUUUGUGUCACCUGUUGUAUCACCAACAAGAGAGUUGCCACGGCAUUCACCAUCAGUUCUCCCUGGGGAACCACCUGCCAUAUUACCAGUUCCUGACGUCUCUCAUGCAUCAAGUCCUCCCACAAGCAUUGACCGGAAAAAAGAUAGAAGUCCCAUUGCUGCACCACCAGAUGAAACGCCCAGUCAUUUACCAUCUGCGGACCAUUCCCCAACCAAAGGUUCAUUUUCUGCUGUAGCUCCUUCAACACAUGAACCCACAGGGUACACCAGUUAUGGUCUUGUUCCAUCUUCGUCACCUCCAAACCAUUCUCUGAGUAAAGGGAACCACACUUCAGCAUCUUCGCCUUCUAUUCCAUUUCAUAAGCAGAACCAUUCAAGGACCGACUUUAGUAGUCCUGCUCCUGCAUAUUCUCCUCCAUCAAAACAGCAAGGUCCAGUUGCAUCUCCAUCAUUUCUUCCAACAAGCAGGCGAACACAUUAUGCUCCUCCACCGAUUAGUCCAGGAUCAUCAGCUUCUCCAUCACAUUUCCAUUUUCCUAAACCUGUGAUCAAUGUCUCACCUGCUCCUUCACCAUCUCCAACAGCAGCAUCUGGCUGGACCAAAAUGCCUAUUCUUUCGCCUGAAGUUUCUCCCUCUGGUUCUUCACCAAGGAGUCCUAAAAUGCCCCCUCGGCCGCCAGUACACGCAUUACCACCUCCACCUCCAAAUGAAGAUUGUUCAUCAACUGUUUGCGUGGAGCCAUAUACAAAUACUCCACCUGGCUCUCCAUGUGGCUGUGUCUUGCCCAUGCAAGUUGGACUUCGCCUUAGUGUUGCAUUAUAUACAUUUUUCCCUUUGGUCUCAGAGCUAGCUCAAGAAAUUGCUACUGGUGUUUUUAUGAAACAAAGUCAAGUUCGAAUUAUGGGAGCCAAUGCUGCUAGCCAGCAACCAGAGAAGACCGUUGUCCUCAUUGACUUGGUUCCCCUUGGCGAAAGAUUUGAUAAUACAACUGCAGUUUUGACUUUCCACAGAUUCUGGCAUAAACAAGUAGUAAUAAAAGCCUCAUUUUUUGGUGAUUAUGAAGUAUUAUAUGUACGGUAUCCAGGUCUUCCCCCAUCGCCACCGUCACCUUCUGGCAUUACUAUAAUAGAUGAUGGGCCAUACUCUGGCAAUAACAACAAUGCAAGGACAAUAAAGCCUCUCGGGGUUGAUGUGCACAAAAGACACCGAAAAGAUGGGCUUGGUGCUGGCAUGAUUGCUAUUAUUUCUCUGUCAGCUUCUCUAGCACUAAUUUUAUGCUCUGCUGUUGCUUGGGUUUUGUUGGUUAGGCAUAGGGGUCGGAUGAGUCAACCAACACCAACUCCACAGCCUUUGCCACCUUCUGGUGCAAAACCAUCAGGUACUACUGGAUCAGUGAUUGGAAGUGGUCUCAGUUCUGCUUCCUUGUCAUUUGGGUCUAGUAUUGCGCCAUAUACAGGAUCAGCUAAGACCUUCAGUAUAAGUGAUAUCGAACGUGCUACAAAUAAUUUUAAUGCUUCAAGAAUACUUGGGGAAGGUGGCUUCGGGCGUGUUUACAGUGGUGUUCUUGAAGAUGGGACCAAAGUGGCAGUGAAAGUUUUGAAAAGAGAUGAUCAUCAAGGAGGUCGAGAAUUCUUGGCAGAGGUUGAAAUGCUUAGCCGUCUUCAUCACAGAAACUUGGUCAAGUUGAUCGGGAUAUGUACAGAGGAGCGAGCACGCUGCUUGGUGUACGAACUCAUACCAAAUGGCAGUGUGGAAUCUCAUUUACAUGGGGCUGAUAAGGAAUCUGCUCCACUUGAUUGGGAUGCACGGAUCAGGAUAGCACUUGGUGCAGCUCGAGGACUAGCUUAUCUACAUGAGGAUUCGAGUCCCCAUGUCAUACACAGGGACUUCAAGUCUAGCAACAUCUUGUUGGAACAUGAUUUCACACCAAAAGUGUCCGACUUCGGUUUGGCUCGAACUGCCAUGGAUGAGGACAACAGACAUAUAUCAACACGUGUAAUGGGAACAUUUGGGUAUGUAGCUCCAGAAUAUGCCAUGACCGGCCAUCUUCUUGUAAAGAGUGAUGUAUAUAGCUACGGUGUAGUUGUUUUAGAGCUCUUAACUGGUAGAAAGCCAGUGGACAUGUUGCAGCCACCUGGUCAAGAGAAUCUAGUUGCAUGGGCUCGUCCCCUUUUAACAAGUAAAGAAGGGCUGGAAAUAAUUACAGAUCCAUCUCUAGGACCUGAUGUCCCUUUUGAUAGUGUAGCAAAAGUAGCAGCUAUUGCUUCAAUGUGUGUACAACCGGAGGUAUCAAACCGUCCAUUUAUGGGCGAGGUUGUUCAGGCCUUAAAAUUAGUAUGUAAUGAGUGUGAUGAGGCAAAAGAAGUGGGUUCAAGAAGUCCAAGCUGGGAUAUAUCUGUUGAUAUGGAUGCCGAAGCCAGUGCAGGAUCAGGACAUAUGCGAGAUCCUUUCCAGAAUCGAACUAUAGUACCUAAUUAUGAUUCUGAGCCAGAUAUAGAGAGGGGACUGUCAAUGUCUGAUUUGUUCAGUACAUCGGUAAGAUAUGGAAGGCAGGCAUCAGGAUCAUUUAGGAGAUACUCUAGUUCAGGUCCACUAAGAACAGGGAGGGGCAAGCAGUUGUGGCAGAGGAUGAGGAGAUUGACAGGAGAAAGUGUGAGUGAACAUGGGGGUAUCUUCAGAAUAUGGCCAGGUUCACAUUGAAAACUAUAAUAUCAUUUUUGUCAAUACUGACACAUUCAAUUUUUGAAUAUUAAAUUCUUAGACUUCAAGCUUGGAUUUAGUCCUCGCAAACAAGAAUGAGUCGCAUGGAGUUAGUCCUCCAUACAAACAAGAAUGAAUCGCAGGAGACGGGAACUAUGAAAUAAGUGAAGUUAACCAGGCAUGCAGGUGUUCAAGGCCAUGACAUCUGGGCGACUGCCCAAUGAAUGUUUUAAGUCAUGGAAGUCACCACAGUGCACAAAAAGAAUUUGCGCAGUCCUUUGAGCUGGGAAAAUGGCGAAGUUCUUAAAUAGGAAUGCUGAAAUCUGAAGGCAUGACCAAGACAACUUAAUGACCUUGAAAGUAACAAAGGUAACAGGAGAUUAGACCAUUCUGGGCUUUCACUCUUCUAUACUGAAAUUUGAGAAGAAGUGGCAGAGUUGUUGUAAUAAAACAAUGAAGUGGUAAAUCUUGGUGCAGCUUCAAAAUCUUCUUGAAUCUUGGUUUCCUGCAUGUAUUUAUAAAGGAAAGAGACUAGAAAUUGUAUAGAAUUCUUCAUCUUCUCUUUGAUGUCAUAAUAAAAUGCAUCUUUUCUUUUUCUUUCA